AUGUCAAUCUAUGGCGAACUGCAGCUUGAAUACAAAGAUUUAUUAACUUUAUCGAAAAUCAAAGAAAGGAGAGAACAAAAAAUCGAAAAUUUAAAAAGAAAAAUCGUAAGGCUCGCAGAAGAAAAAUCCCACACCCAAGCCAAAAUAGCGAAUUAUGAAGCUAUUUCUAAAGAUUUUUUACAGGUUGUAGAGAAAGGAAAUAUUUCACAGGAUGAUAAAAAUAGAAUAAUGAGCCAGAUACAGAGAACGAUGAUGAUAAAUGAGAAUGGAAAAUUAAAAACUCCGAAGGUUUUGAAUAUUCCGAAAAGUUUUGGAAGCGCGAAUGAAGAGCUAUGGAAUUUGUAUGUGAGAUUUCAAAAUUACUUUAAUAAUAUUAAAUCUCAUUAA